GAGCUCGGGUGCCCGCCUUCCGCUUCCCUUUCUCCGCAAGAGCUGCUACUUGUCGUCGGAGCAGCGGUCAUGGCAGCAGGGGAGGCCUCCCGGGCGUUGGUUUACGGCGGUAGAGGGGCGCUGGGCUCCGCCUGCGUGAGGCACCUGCGGGCGAAGAACUGGUGGGUGCUCAGCAUUGAUUUAGCCGAAAACCAAGAGGCGAGCGCCAACGUCGUGGUGCAAAUGGGCGAUUCAUUUGUGGAACAAGCAGAGCAGGUAACGGAAGAUGUCAGAAAAGUCCUGGGUGAAAACAAGGUGGAUGCUAUCCUCUGUGUGGCUGGUGGAUGGGCUGGAGGCAGUGCCAAGGCGAAAUCUUUCUACAAAAACAGUGACCUGAUGUGGAAGCAAAGUGUUUGGACAUCAACCAUCUCUAGUCACUUGGCUACGAAAUACCUGAAGGAAGGGGGCCUAUUAACUCUAACAGGUGCAAAAGCAGCAUUAGUUGGAACGCCAGGAAUGAUUGCAUAUGGCAUGGCCAAAGGAGCUGUCCAUCAACUCUGCCAGAGUCUGUCUGGUUCAAACAGUGGCCUCCCCGCUGGUGCUGCAGCUGUUGCGAUCCUCCCGGUUACCUUGGAUACUCCGAUGAAUAGGAAGUCCAUGCCAGAUGCUGACUUCAGCUCCUGGACGCCACUAGAUUUCAUCGCAGGAACCUUUUAUGACUGGAUCAUCGGUAAAGACCGGCCAGAUUCUGGAAGUUUGAUCGAAGUGGCAACAACUGGAGGAAAAUCUGAACUUUCACUGGCCCAUCUUUGAUCAAGGAGUGACAUUUGUGCAAACAGGAAUGAAGUCAUAAAGAUAUAAAAUCUGUCUAGUGUGUUUGAUCACCUUCUGUUCCUGCCCAUUAUCUGGCCUUAUUUGUGGAACCAGAUCUCAGUUGUGUUGUGUUGCUAAAUGUGACCCAGUGAGACUUAAUUAUUCAAAGGUGCAAGGCAUCUUGCAUUUAAUUAGAGAAAUGAGUUUCAAAAUGGAUUAAUGACUUAAUUUUGCAGAAUGAAAACUAGGGAGGGAGAGCAAGCAGGAAGCAAGUGACAAAACAUGGCUCAUGAGGCAAAUCCCACAACUUAACGUAUUUGCAUCUAAUGUUGGUAUGCAAGUACAGAAGAAUGAACCUUGCAUUGGGAUAUCUCUGCCCUCAUUUAUAGGUGAAUGGAAUGGAAAAUUGUCCUCUUGUAAGAAUACUUAUAUUUCUGUGAGUGGCCAUCUUGAAUGUUAUCCAAGUAGAUAUGCUCAGUUGCCAUAUAUUAAGAUGCCAUACUGUUACUCUCCUUGAAUAACUAUGACCAAAACAGGGAUAUGUAUUCUGCCUUCGCCCUUCACAAAAAAUACCCUAAAAACAACCUAAAGAAUGUGAGUGCUGCACUUAAUUCUUCAUUCCUGAGUACUUUCUGAAUUUUCUUUACAAAUGCAGAAAGAAGAGUUCAUUUAACAUGGACAUUAUUGUUGCUAUCAUUUGCCUUAAAAGCAACAAAAAUAGUCAGUGCAGAGUGCCAAUUCUCAGGCCUGGUAUAUCUGGCAUAUUCCUGCUACCAUGUCCACAAAGAAAGCUGUUGACCUUAUUUUUUUUUUCAGGAGAGUAAUCCUUCAGAUGAAUUCUUCAACCCAUACCAGUGAUGUUGCUAAGUUGUAGCUAAGGGUUUCAAAGUCUACAGAUUCCCUACAACUCCUGACCCAGGGCAAAAGGUUUAACCUUUGAUAUGUUUGAUUUGUGCAUCUGGAGGAAAAAUGGUGAUUUUCCUAGUAACCAACAGGAAGAGAUGAUGUCAUAUACACACAUGGGUUGCAGAUUGACUUACAACUGCUUGGUGUUGAAAGCAUUUGUCAGGUACAGAAUAUUUAGAUUUUGGCCCCAAAAUGUUAUGUCUAAAUGGUGUCAUUCUGAAGAUGAUCUGGCAGUUUUUCAGAAGUAAAUCUGACCAAAAAAUGCUUGGAAUGUAAAAGAUUCACUUUCAGAAAACUGCUGGAUCUCCUCAUGUGUUUCUAGAAAAAUCAGAUGUGAAAUGGUUUUUAUCUACCUGAAGCUCACUGAGAUAGAUAACAAUUAUCUCACCUUAGAAGAAAUGCAGUUCUUCAUUCUUGAUCCAGCAUUUUCUAUUUUUACCUCCCCGGAGCAGCUGUAAGAAUCAGUUGGGUCUACCCAUCCACAAACAACUUAAUGAAUACUCUCCACAUAUAUAACUUUUUAAAGUUCAGCUUUAAAACAAUGAAAUAGCCAAAAUGUUGCUAUCUCCAUAUAGAAUGUGUACUUAAUAAAUGUGCUUAAUAGGAGAAAGUGUAAGUAGUCUUUCAUGGUCUUUUAUGAGCCCUAGUGGUGCAGUGGUUAGAAUUAGGUUAACUCUGCCCACAGCCUGGAGUUAGAUCCUGAUGGGGCUCGAGAUUGACUCAGCCUUCUAUCCUUCUGAGGGUGGUAAAAUGAGGAUCUGGAUUGCUGGGUGCAAUACAUUGACAUUGUAAACUGCCCAGAGAGUGCCAUAAAGCACUAUUGGGCAGUAUAUAUCUCUAAGUGUUAUUGCUAUUUGUUGCUUUUCCUCAAAUGCUCCUUGAAAAUUUAUCUUCAUUAUGAUAUAUAAUAAAAUGUGUUCAACUGUUUCAACA